AUGAUGGCAUUGGAUUCGAACAUGUUUGUGGUGCUUGGUCUUUUUUCUGUUUUUGUUACCACAUCGAAGGCUGUUGCACCCAUUCUUGACGUUUCCUAUCUCAAUCGGAGCAGUUUCCCCGCAGGCUUUAUAUUCGGGACAGCAUCCUCGGCGUACCAGUAUGAAGGUGCAGCAAUGGAAGGUGGAAGAGGACCUAGUAUAUGGGAUACUUUCACCCAUAAAUACCCAGAAAAAAUAAAAGAUGGAAGUAAUGGGGAUAUAGCCGACGACUCAUAUCAUCGGUAUAAGGAAGAUAUUGGAAUCAUGAAGUAUAUGAAUUUGGAUGCUUAUAGAUUCUCCAUUUCUUGGUCUAGAGUAAUACCAAAAGGAAAGCUUAGUGCUGGUGUAAACCAUGAAGGCAUAAACUACUAUAACAACCUCAUCAACAAGCUAGUGGCUAAUGGUCUGCAACCGUAUGUGACCAUUUUUCAUUGGGAUGUUCCCCAAGUCUUAGAGGAUGAGUAUGGCGGUUUUUUAAGCCCUCACAUUGUAGAUGAUUUUAGGGACUAUGCUGAACUUUGUUUCAAGGAAUUUGGUGAUAGGGUGAAACAUUGGAUUACUUUGAAUGAACCGAGGAGUGUGAGCAAGAAUGGCUAUGCAAAUGGCAGGUUUGCACCAGGUCGGUGUUCUGAUUGGCUUAAAUUGAAUUGCACGGGAGGUGAUUCAGGGACAGAGCCAUAUUUGGCUGCGCACUACCAACUGCUUGCUCAUGCUGAUGCUGCCAAACUGUACAAGACCAAGUAUCAGGCAUCUCAAAAGGGUUUCAUAGGGAUUACCUUAAAUUCUGACUGGUUUGUGCCUGUCUCUAAAGAGAAAUCAGAUUGUGAUGCUGCACGACGAGCCCUUGACUUCAUGUUUGGAUGGUAUAUGGAGCCUCUCACAAAAGGUGAGUAUCCAAAAAGCAUGCAAUCUAUGGUGGGAAACCGCCUUCCAAAGUUCUCCAAAGAAGAAGCCAAGCAACUCAAGGGGUCGUUUGAUUUUCUGGGCCUAAACUACUACUCAUCCUUUUAUGCUUCAUAUGCACCUCACCUCCGUGGUGCCAGACCAGCCUUACAAACUGAUGCUCUUGUUAAUGUUACAAAUCAGCAUGACGGCAAGCCCCUUGGUCCAAUGAACUCUAUUUCUAAUUUUGUGCAGGCUGCUUCGAACUGGUUAUGCAUUUAUCCAAGAGGGUUUCGACAACUAUUGCUUUUCAUCAAGAAGAACUACAACAACCCCACAAUUUACAUUACUGAAAAUGGUUAUGAUGAGUUUAAUGAUCCAACACUAUCACUUGAAGAAGCCCUUAUAGAUACUUACAGGGUUGAUUACUUUUAUCGUCAUCUUUAUUAUCUUCAAACUGCAAUCAGGGAUGGUGUGAAUGUAAAGGGAUAUUUUGCAUGGUCAUUGUUGGAUAACAUGGAAUGGGACUCUGGCUAUACCGUGCGAUUUGGACUCGUCUUUGUGGAUUUCAAAGAUGGCUUGAAAAGAUACCCAAAACUCUCCGCGCUUUGGUUCAAGAAUUUUCUCAAUAAAUCUUAAGCGUAUAUACUCCAAUUAAAAAGUGAUGUGAAAAUCAGAUUGAAUAAAAAAAAUAAUCUGAAAUUCAUUCAUAUAUGACAAAGAUAUAGCCCUUGUUCCAAGUAAAGCACUUGUUUUGCGCACUCUU